CCUCCAGAGACAAGAAGAAUGGCCACACAGGACUCACAAUCCAAACUUCAGCUGGUUCAAACACACAUCCGAGCUUUCCCGGACUUUCCCAAGAAAGGAAUCCUGUUCAGAGAUGUUUGUCCGAUCCUGAAGAAUCCAGCUGCUCUUACAGCAGUGAUCGAUCUGUUGGAAGAACACGUGAGGAAACAUCAUCAGAACGUCGAUGUGAUCGUAGGUCUGGAUGCCCGUGGUUUCCUGUUUGGACCUCUGCUGGCCCAGAGGCUCGGCCUCGGUUUUGUUCUGGUCAGAAAGAAAGGCAAACUGCCUGGAGCCACAGUGUCCGUUUCCUACGAGUUGGAGUACGGCAAGGCAGAAGUAGAGAUUCAGGAGGAUGCAGUGGCUGCAGGGCAGAAGGUUCUGAUUAUUGAUGAUCUUCUGGCUACUGGAGGGACUCUGCUGGCAGCCAGUGAGCUGAUCAGGAAGCUGCAGGCGGAGGUUCUGGGCUGCAUGGUGGUGGUCGAGCUCAAAGAUCUGAACGGCAUCGACAGACUGAAACCACACAAGGUGUUCUCUCUGGUUCAGUACUGACGAGUACCGACACCCCUACGCUCCAACAGAACCCAUUGAGUACAGAGACUGGGACCAGUACUGGAAGUACGAGAAAUCUCUUAAAAUUCUACGCCAAGCGCUUCUGACUGAUUUGAGCUGUGCUGAUGUUCUGACAGCAGGGCUGAAGCUCUGCUUCACUCUCAUGAAGACUCUUCAAGGAUGAGGAUAAACGCCUGUAGGCAGCAGUUUGAUUAGAAAGGAACAAAUCAUACUCCAUCUGUAUAGCAUGUCCUUUAGGAAAAACUCUUUACUUGUUAAUUAAAAAGGGUUUAUUUCAAUUUUUUUAAGUUCUUAUGAAUUCUGCAUGU